UGGAAAGGGGAGGUAUAGAAUAAUGGAGAAAAUAAAAAACCUGGAAUAAGGAGGCAUCUGAAGAUUAUGGAGAAUAUUAACUUUAGAAAAAAGAGGCAUGGAAUAACGGAGAAUAAAAAACCUGGUGGGUUGGAGUCACUACACAGUCACUACUUUUUUUACAGGAGGAAUAGAAAUCUAGGUAGAAAAAUGGUGGCGAUAAUGCAAAAUCGAGAAGAAAUGAGGUACAAAACAUUAUGAAUAGAAUUUCUUUUGGGGAAAGGAGGUCUAGAAAAAUUAUUGAGAGAAUAUUUUUUGAAUUGCUAAAAAAACGUAUAAGAUAAGAUAAGAUAGACACUUUAUUGAGUAUAUAACUACAGCUUUCACUACUGUUUACGUGCGGAGCUACCAUCUUGGAUGCUGCGGUAACGUUUUUGACCUCUCAAUCAGCAGCACCAUAUGAAAGCUAUAUCUCAUGAUAGCAGGUCAUGGCAUGGUCAGCCCACAGUUCUUGCACAAAACUCCCACUUCACUACAGGCUACUCAUCUCGCAUUGGAUUGUAACAGUGAGUUGUACAAAGCUAACUGACAAAUGUAGACCCACUUAUCGUCAGGCGCUUUUGAAAAAAGCGUCUGCUAAAUGCCCUAAAUUUAAAUAUAAAUGUAAACUCAAUUUGUCUUAAAUUAAAUUAUAAUGAAAUAGAUGUCACAAUUCUGGUGCAAUAAAUGACUGAAGCGCUUAGGUGCGGAUAUAAGACGGGGUUUAGGCGGCCCAUACCAUUAGUUGUAAAGGGUGAGUCGCAUUGUAUAGUUUGAAUAAAAGAGGUUAAUUACACAUAAUCUUGCAAAAUAUAUGUUUUCAGAAUCAUGUAGUAGUUAAGUUAUAGCGUUCAGAUAACGUCAAGAUCCAAAACGAAAACAAUCGAACCCUGAUAACGUGUACUUUCCAUUUCCGGUUUCACCUGAGUUCUAGGGACUACUUAGCGCCGCCCUUGGAUCGACCACAGCAUUCUGCUCUUACAGCUAAUAUGAAACAACAAUCAGAUUGCCAAGUGUAGUAAAUACGUUUACACAGGUUUAACUCGUCCAUUAAACACACAUCGUGAGGUGGCUCAACCAUGGCUGCGAUUGCAACGAGUGAUAGUCAGCCAGAUACCUCGGAAACUGAAGAAAAGACACCAAAAGCCACCAUCAACGCUACAACCGAAUACUGCGCAAAGUUGCAGCAAUGGAUGUGGCAGUACUACUGGGGGCAUGCGAACUGGCAGAGUUGGAUGGCAAUGUCCGCCUUUCCCUUUCUUCCACCCACCACUUUCCAUCACCCGGGUCUCCUUCCCCAUCCUUCCGGUGCUUCUGCCUCGCCACCCGGCGUUGGGCACCUCACUUUCGACGCCCAGAACUGGUACAAUUACCCUUAUCCCUUCAGUUAUCCCGUUCCCCCGUAUCUGUCCGCUGCCAACAACGAGCAUCCCGCAGAAAACACACCUGGACGGCCAGUCCAGCAGCAGAACCCGCCUCAAGCAGGACGGGAGUACACUAUCCCCACGCCCUUCCAGAGAUUCCUGGCUGAGACGGUGGACUUCUUCAUCCUGUUCUGUGUGAAGGCCACGAUAGUGCUGUGGAUCAUGCACCUAAGUGGGAUGAAGGACAUUGCCAAGUUCAUCACCCAGUUCGUCGUGGAGGAGAUAGACGAGAACACGUCGCUGGAGGACCUGCAGAAGAUGAUGGCGGUGGCGCUGGUCUACCGCGUUCUGGUCUGCAUCUACGAGAUCAUAUGUAUCUGGGGUGUGGGCGGGGCCACGCCGGGGAAGUUCCUGAUGGGUCUGCGGGUCGUGACCUGCGACACGUCCACCCUGAUCCGGCCCAACCGCGUCCUGGUCGUCCCCUCCACCAACGUCUCUCUCUCGGCGUCCACGGUGCGGGCCCUGAACAAGAACUUCUCCAUCGCCUUCCUCUUCCCCAUCUUCAUCACGCUCUUCUUCUUCCAACACAACAGAACUGUGUACGACAUUGUGGCGGGAACCAUCGUAGUGCAGCGGAGAGGGGCCAGAUAGCCCCCCCCCCCUACCCCGGUGCCACCCUCUCCACCACCACCACCACCCAAACACCACCACCACCACCCAAACAUUAAGGCCAGAUAGCCCCCCAACCCUGGUCCCACCACCACCCCCACCCAAACAUCAACACCACCCCCACCCUAACCACUAGCACCACCCCCAACAUCAGCACCACCACCCCCACCCUAACAUCAACACCGCCACCCCUACCCUAACCAACACUACCACCGCCCUAAUCACUACCAACCCCCACCCUAACCCCCACCUUCACCCUAACCACCACUACCUGGCUUGGAUGGAUGGAUGGAUGGAUGGAUGGAUGGAUGGAUGGAUGGGUGGAUGGAUGGGUGGAUGGAUGGAUGGAUGGAUGGAUGGAUGGAUGGAUGGAUGGAUGGGUGGAUGGA